GAUUGGUCAGGUAACUAUCUUGACAAUUCAUUUUGAGCUCUUUGGAAGAAAAAGUCUUGCUCUUCCGGUAUCGUCAAAACUCAACAGAUUGAAUCAGUGAAAGCUGCUCGCUGUCUUCCUCUCGCUGUUACAAUCACGAUGUCUGGAAGUCCUGCUGUGCUCAUGCGGCUGGUGGCCUCUUGCUACACGGUGUCCGAAAGGGCCGGGGCCAUCGUGAGGAAGGUCCUUCACAGUGGAGAACUCGGCAUCGUGGAAAAGACUGGAGCCGACGACCUGCAGACGCUGGCAGACAGACUGGCACAGCAGAGCAUUUGUGCAUCACUGUCCAGACGUUUCCCAAAAAUCACCAUCAUUGGAGAGGAGGAGCUUCCAGCUGAGGAGAUAAAGGAGGAAAUCAUCGAGAGCGGCCUCUCAGAGGAAAUCCUCCUCAAGACCUGCCCAGAAGAAUAUAGCGAUCUCAAAGAGGAGGAGCUAGUCGUGUGGGUCGAUCCCCUCGAUGGCACAAAGGAAUAUACUGAAGCGUCCAGGUGUCUCCAUCACUGCACUGAGGCCAGACACCAAACAAAGGGGCUCCUGGAUAAUGUGACGGUGCUUAUUGGUAUCGCGCAUGGAGGUCGAGCAAUUGCAGGUGUCAUCCACCAGCCUUUCUACAACUACGAGCUUGGAGCAGGAGCAGCUUUAGGAAGGACCCUGUGGGGAAUACCCGGACUGGGGGCCUUUGGAUUUGAGCUGCAGGAAGUUCCAGGUGGCCGACGCGUUGUCACCACCACGCGUUCCCACAGCAACAAGCUGGUGACGGACUGUGUGGACGCCAUGGAGCCUCACGAGGUUGUAAGAGUGGGUGGUGCUGGCAACAAGAUAAUCCAGCUCGUUGAAGGGAGGGCUUCCGCUUAUGUCUUCGCCAGUCCAGGGUGCAAGAAGUGGGACACAUGCGCUACCGAAGCCAUCCUGCAUGCCGUUGGAGGUAAACUGACUGACAUCCAUGGCAAUGCAUACCGCUAUGACGCGAACGUCAAGCACAUGAAUUCGGCCGGCGUACUUGCAACACUACGAAACCAUGAGUACUAUGUCAGCAGAGUACCACAGUCAGUGCUGCAGGCCCUCAAGUCGGGUUGACGUCUAUCUUCUUCAGAAAUCACACCAUUAGCAGUCAAUGUUCACAAUUCAGAGAUGUAACACUAAUAAUUCUUCCACACUUUGCAAAAUCCUUCUUCUAUAUGCUCUGCUAUGGUUUUGUGUCAUGCACUAUUUAAUUAACUGGUUACCAUUCAUUUCAAACUAACUCGAAGAAAUCCCAAAUUGUCGUUAACAGUUUUAUGGGUUAAACGUUGAUUGAGGAGUUCUAAAUGAUUCACUUGACUGCAAUUUAUCAGCAGGUUUUCUUUAUGGAUAUAUUGAUGAUGAACUGCCUUGACCAGCCAAGUAUUUACUUUUGUUGUAUCUUAGUUAUUCAUUCAUCUUUAAAAAUUCUGGGUGGUGGUGCUAUGAAGAAAUCUUUUUAUGUAAUCUGUUAAACUGAACUGAUUACAAUAUACCAUAUAUUGUUUUGUUUCUUCAUUUGCCAGAAUGUUUUCUGGCAUUUAAACCUUCAGUUUUAUGAACUUAUAAAAUAUAAUUGUUCAAAUGAAUUUGCUUUGAUAAAUAUGAAUCUUUCAUAAAAUA